CCAACAUGGGCAGCAAGAAUUCGACUGGCACGACACCCGAAGCUGCGGCAUUUGUGCAGACAGCCAUCAAUACCAAUGGUGUGACUGUGUUUAGCAAGACUUAUUGCCCCUAUUGCGAUCAGGCCAAGACGGCGCUCAAGUCUGCAGGGGCGACGUUUGAAGUGAUUGAGCUGGACAAACGCCCGGACGGUGAUGCUAUCCAAAGUGCGCUGGGAGAGCUGACUGGCCGGUUCACUGUUCCCAACGUAUUCGUCAAGACAACUACCAUUGGCGGUGGCUCAGACGUGGCCAAACUCCAUCGCGAAGGAAAAUUGGUCCAGCUUUUGAAGGAGGCGGGUGUUCUUGCUUGAAUAAGUUGACUCAAUAACACUAUCCAACCUAUGCGUCAUCCUCAGUCAGAUUAACAAUAUCCGUCUAACGCUAUAAUACAUACAACAUCCACCA